AUGAAAUAUCUCAGGGAAAUAUCAACGGGAUUAUCAUUGAAGUGUUACCGAUGUUUAUUUGGAGCGUUUAUUUUUAUUAUAGUUAUACUUUGUUUCUUUUAUCAAAAUCAAAACUUGACAUCCGCUUUUAUCUACAACAAUAAAGAAAUACUUCAAUACAUCCCUCGAGUGUCAAACAAUGGAAAUAACUCCAUCCACCAAAUCAAAACAGUGCUCCUUUACAAUCCUAAGCACUGGGAAAUACAAAUAUUGAAUUCGUUCACAAAAGCAAGACUUUGGGAAAGUUGUCCAUAUUCAUGUCAAAUAACAACUGAUACAAAAUUAUAUAAUGAAAGUGAUGCAGUGAUAUUCGUCAUUGAUUUAUUGGGAGGAAGUGAUUUACCUGCAAAAACGCCUCACCAAGUUUGGAUAUUUGCUCAAUACGAAUCUACCGAUUAUCUAACGAAAGAAGUUGGUAGCCAAUUUGUACGGCAGGGGAAUUUGAAAAAGUAUAACCAGAAAGUGAACUGGACGAUAAGCUAUAGAAGAGAUUCAGAUAUUCCAUUUGUUCACGGGUUUUACGGUUCCAAGAAAAAGAAUGACGGAGAAAGAAAAAAAGUCGGGAAUGAUAAACAUGGCAUUGCUUGGUUUGUAUCUCACUGCAAGACAACCUCUAGAAGAGAAACCUUUGUUAGUUUAUUGAAGAAAACCACGGCUAUUGAUAUAUAUGGUCAUUGUGGCUCUUUGAAAGCCCCAAAUUGCCCGAAGGCAAGAAUAGAUGCCAUUAGGGAAAGUUGGGGCUUAAAGCAAAGUCAAUGUUUUGACAUUCUAGAUACAAAAUAUAUGUUUUAUUUGUCAUUUGAAAAUGCGAUAUGCCGUGAUUACAUUACAGAGAAAGGCCUUCAUCACGUGACUCAACAUAACAUUAUUCCCAUCAUGAGAGGAGGUGCAAAUUAUUCUAUUUUUAGUCCGCCAAAGUCCUACAUAGACACAAAUGACUUUUCCUCUGUACAACAGUUGUCAAAAUAUCUUGCUAACGUGGAGAAAACCAAAGGUUUGCAGGAGGAAUUCUUACACUGGAAGAAACACUACAGAUCCCAGUAUCCCUUAGAGAACUGGCGCAAUAAUAUGUGCAAUAUUUGUCAGCGAUUAAAUAAUCCUACAAAAUAUACAAGGAUCUAUAAUGACAUAUACAAAUGGAUCGUUACUCCAAAUAAUCAAGAAGGGUGUUCUGAAUCUAAGGAUUUUUAGAUCUUGAUGUAAA